AAAAGAUCGAAAUCGUAUUUUUGUAUUGUAAGAUGUUUAAUGACUAGACCAGGUAAUUUUAAGUAAUUGAGACCAGUUAAUAUUUUUUUUUAGUUUUGUAAUUAUAUGCUCUACGAAUACAAAUUCAAGUUCUACAUUUUUUGGUUAUUUUUAUACCUAUCAGAUAUCGGGGUAUAUCCGUGUAGCUCGGGGUUCCCCAGCUUUUAUACAUUUAUGGAAUUUCGAAUGAAUCAACCGCCCAAUAUUGUUUUUUUUUUUUAAUUCGACAUUAAGUCUCGAACAUUUCUUUAGCCAGUUCUUGUCGGAGGUUUGUGUGCACCGAUACCUUUCAAAUAAUUAUUAAAAUGUUAAACAAUGUUGCACAAAUUAGUGUUUAUUUUGUGUGUGCCUUUCCUUGUGCUUCAGUUGCCACGUUAAAAAGAGAUUGCAACGAUUGCGUUGUCUACAACUUAUGUGACACUGCCGUGACCCUCCUUAGAAAAAGGGACCCAGCAGCAGACGCUCGGCUCAAGAGUGUUUUUUGCGGGUUUGACUAUAAUAAACUACCUAUGGUAUGUUGCUCUGAGCUCACAACGGGGCAAGCUCCUGCAGCCAUCGAGUACCACCCUAAUCUGCGCCUGUUUCCAGAGAAUUGUAGCCAUAACAAGAAAAAAAUAAGCGGAAGCCGACCGGCAGAGAGAUACGAGUUUCCGUGGAUGGUCCUUCUUGCCUACGAAACACCCCUGGGCCCUCAAUUCAAGUGCGGUGGCAGUCUCAUAAGUGAGCGAUACGUUCUCACCGCGGCCCACUGCCUUUCCGAUUUGAAGCUCAUAGGCGUGAGAGUUGGGGAGCUCGACGUAGACGCCACCACGGCGUGUGCUGAGCUAGGCGACUGCAUUGAUCAGAUACAGGAUUUACGUGUUGAAGAAGCCAUACCUCAUGCUGAAUACCGUGGCAGGCCUAAUGUUAGAAACGACAUCGGGCUACUAAGGCUGAGGAAACCUGUAGACUUAUCUCAGAAAAAUACGGGCGUAGUUUGUCUACCAGUGAGCAGAAGUCAGCAGAGCUUCGAUCUUGGCAGACAGGUCGCUACGCUUGCCGGGUGGGGCUCCACAGAGCACGGUUCCAAGUCAUCUAUACUGCGCACCGCCGCUGUUCCUGUAUACACAGUUGAGAACUGCCGCAAGCUUUAUAACAGAGGCAAAAAACCAAAUGAAGAAGACGAGACAACCAACAAGCUCUGUGCCGGUCAGAAGGGCAUAGGUUCCUGCGAAGGAGAUUCAGGGGGUCCCUUGAUGCUUCGUGAAGAAGGACGCUUCGUCCAGUAUGGGGUGGAUUCAUAUGGGCCUACCCUGUGCGGCGCUGACUUUCCUACCGCUUACACUGAUGUAACGAAGUAUGUGAAAUGGAUACUGGAUACUAUUAGGCCUUGACACUUGGUCGUUCUUUUUAGAAAUUUUUUGUAAUUUUUAAAGAUAUUGAAUUUACUGGAUAAAAGCUGACUUAGAAACAUACUUGGU